CGAGCAGUUGCGGCGGGAGAGCGGCGGGGCCGAGAGCGUGACUUGCCCGCUCUGUACUGCACUUCCGCCACCCGUCGCCAGCCACCGCUGCCGCCACCGAGCAACCAUGUCUGAGGAGAAGCCCAAGGAAGGCGUGAAGACUGAGAAUGACCACAUCAACCUAAAGGUGGCGGGGCAGGAUGGCUCAGUGGUGCAGUUCAAGAUCAAGAGGCAUACCCCAUUGAGUAAGCUGAUGAAGGCCUACUGUGAGAGGCAGGGCUUGUCAAUGAGACAGAUUAGAUUCAGGUUUGAUGGGCAACCCAUUAAUGAAACAGACACUCCAGCACAGCUGGAGAUGGAAGACGAAGACACCAUUGAUGUGUUCCAGCAGCAAACGGGAGGUGCAGCCUCCAGAGGGACCGUUCUGCACCCUGCACUCGCUGUGGAAUGGUGAGCGAAUGACCAAGCUGAUCACAGGAGUCUGUGGGAGCUGAGGACAGUCACCAAACAACCGUUCUCUGUCAGGUGCACUUCCAGUGCAACGCAGUACUGCAUCUACAGAGACAUCUACAGCUUAAAUUGGGCCAGAUCGUUUUUUGAUUAGAUAAAACAAGUUGUGAGGGGUUUUUUUCAUUUUGCUUUUUUUCUCCCUCCCCAAGCAUUUUUCCCCAAGACUUGUCAAAUGUUGGCUCCAUCUGUGGCCAGGUUCUCAGCCCAGAGUUGAGAUUGCUCCUGAGCUGCUUGCCAUAAUCAUGUAGGCAGCUUGCAUUCUCCAGUGACUGUGGCAGUGGGACAAAGGGGCAGGAUUUGAGACAAGGGGGCAGAGUUUAACUUUCUGUUUAGGCACAGGUUACUACAAUGCUAAAUAUUGCAAAUUUAGGCUUUGUCAAGGAUGUGGUAAAAUUGAAAGGGAAAAACUGGACUGGGUCUUGAAAGGUAAAA